UAUUUAAGAGUCUUUCCUGUCACACUGGGUUAAUCCUCAUUUGAAUUGAGAGCUUGUCUGAAACGAUUAAAUGUUUUUUGGAAUAUACUUUCAUUUCUAGAGAAUAUAUUUUUUUCCAUUGGAGCAAAUGGGCAGAAACCUCAAAAAUGUUUUUAUUGUGUCUGUGGGAUUUCUCUGCUUGUUUACAGCUUAUGCAAGCCUCCAGGGUCUGCAGAGCAGCCUGAAUUCUGAAGAGGGUCUGGGCGUAGCUUCUCUGAGUGUGAUCUAUGGGGCCCUCAUACUGUCUUCUGUUCUCCUCCCACCAAUCAUCAUCAAAAACCUGGGCAGCAAGUGGACCAUCGUUGCCUCAAUGGGAUGCUAUGUAACAUAUUUCCUUGGCAACCUCUACCCUGGAUGGGCUACACUGAUUCCCACUUCUGUGAUUCUGGGAUUGGGGGGUGCCCCCUUAUGGUCAGCAAAGUGCACCUACCUCACCAUUAGUGCCAACCAGGAGGCAGAAGAAAAUGGCAAAAGGGCCAGGGAUCUGGUAAACCUGUACUUCGGCAUCUUCUUCCUACUCUUCCAAUCCUCAGCAGUGUGGGGGAACCUGAUGUCCGCUCUCAUAUUUGGGCAAGAUCCAGGAAUAGCUGAAAUCACAGAAGAGGACCUGUGGUUCUGUGGCGCAACUGAUAGCUGUGAAUACCCUGGAUCUGCUGUGGGAAACACAACCAGGCCGGCACAGAAUCUGGUCAACACAUUACUCGGCUGCUAUGUCGGUUUUGGGGUCCUUGCCAUGGUUCUGGUGGCAGUGCUUCUGGACAACAUAGACGGGGAUGUGGCCAGGACUUACAGGGAGAAUAGGGAACCACUGGGCAGUGCUGUUCAGGGUACAUUCAGACAUCUCAAGGACAAGAGACAGCUUCUUCUUAUACCACUGACUAUAUACAGUGGAUUGGAGCAGGCUUUCCUCUCUGGAGACUAUAACAAGUACUACGUAACUUGCACGAUGGGUAUAUACUUUGUGGGCUACUCAAUGAUUUGUUUUGGUGCAACAAAUGCCUUGUGCUCCUUGGCCUUUGGGAAGAUGGCACAGUACACAGGAAGAUUUGCCCUAUUCACCUUUGCCGCAGGGAUGAAUUGUGCCUGCAUCAUCGCGCUGUUGUGCUGGAAGCCCCAUCCAGACCAAUUGCCUGUCUUCUUUGUGUUCCCUGCUAUCUGGGCCAUGGCUGAUGCUGUGUGGCAAACGCAGAUAAAUGCACUGUAUGGGGUUAUCUUUCCUGACCAGAGGCCUGCAGCAUUCUCCAACUAUCGUAUGUGGGAGUCCACAGGAUUUCUCAUCGCUUUUGCUUACAGCAACUUCCUGUGUGUGAAUGUUAAGCUGUACAUUUUGAUUGGUGCUCUUUUGGUCUCAUUUGGGCUCUAUGGCUGGGUGGAAUAUGAAGAACAAAAGAAUUCUACUGUGUGGGCACAGAACAUAAAUGCUAACUUUGAAGAGGACAUGGAAGACAGAGAGCUGACUGCCUGAGAUGCCAGGUCUAAUCACUCAGUUGUCCUGAACCAUUCAAUGACCACUGUUCUUUUGAUUAUAGUUAGGGCCAGUGGGUCAUCUCCACCAUGUGACCUGAAGGGAUUUAAACUUUUAUUUCAAUGGUUAUCCUCCAGGGGUCCCCAUAGGCACCCUCAAUGGUAUUGUCAAGUGACUAGUCAUACAAUUGAGUUUCUAAUUGAAACAUUUAUAAAAACAAUUCAUUGAUCUAAUAUGGGGAGAGUCAGGAAGAAAAGUGAAAACAGAUGUAAGUUUAAAUGCUACAAAAAGCAUGUCUUUGAGCCAGUGGUCCUCCUGGUCAUGGAGAGCCACAGGAUCUGCUGGCUUUUGUUGUUGCUCAGC